UCAACCGGCAGUCGCAGUCCCAGGGCUGUCCCGCUCCUGAGCAGAGGUGGACACAGGGUGCUGGCCACGGGGUCGGUAGGGCGCAGGCGCCAGGCUGGCAGAGCGCAGGGGCAGAAUGGAGGGGCUGGUCUUGCUCAAGGCCCUGGUCACCCGGCUGCUGUUCUUGUUGCAUUCCCUGGUCGCCGUCUGGAGAGUGACCUGGGUGAAGGAAGAGCACCGUUACUGGCUGCUGGCCCUGCUCAAUCUCUUGCUGGUCCUGGAGACAGUGCUCACCCUCAAGUUCAAGCGUGGCCGAGGCUACAAAUGGCUUUCUCCGGCCAUUUUUUUGUACCUGAUCAACAUCAUGCCCUCCCUGUGGCUCCUUGAGAUGCACCAUGGAAACCAGUAUUGCAGCACCCAGUCUGAGAGAACGGCACAGAACUUCAGCAGAAGAGGAGAUGUCAAUCAAACCCUGUCAUCCCACAGAGCCACCAAUGGAAUGGGGAAUAUCCUUGAGCUGGCCAGGGGCUUUGUUGACAACUUAUCCAUGGUAUGCGAACCAGUCUGGACCUUAGGACUCCACCAGACACUCCUGCUAAUAUUAAUCAUUGGACGGUGGCUUCUCCCCAUUGGAGGCACCAUUACUAGAGACCAACUCUCAGAACUUCUUCUGAUGUUUGUGGGGACAGCGGCUGACAUACUGGAGUUCACUACUGAGACGCUGAAGGAAAAUAACGUCAGAAAUAAUCCGACUCUGGUUUCUGGCAUUCUUGUGGUGUGGACGUGGAGUAUGCUCCAGUUUCCCCUUGAUCUGGCAGUCCAGUUGAAACUGGUAUGCCCCUCCUCAGUGAAAGCCAGGGGCUUCCUUAGGGUUUUCCUGUGCCAGUACAGUGCGGAUCUAUGGGCCAUCGGCCUCAGCUUCUUCAUCCAAGAUGGUCCCUUCCUCGUUGUGCGCCUCGUCUUGAUGAUCUACUUCAAAGUGAUCAACCACAUGUUGGUGUUCUUUGCGGUGAAGAAUUCCCUCGUGAUGGCUCUGCACUUCUACCGGCUUGUGGCUUUGAUCAUGGCCACACGUGACUUCAUGCAAAACCAUCCAGAAAGCCCCCAAAGGGAGCACAGUGCUCCAGACCAGCUCUCUGAGAGUGGGCCCAGUGAGUGGGAGGACGCCUCCCCGGAGGCUCUGCCUUUGCGAACCUCACCUGUCACCUCUGAGGAGUCUUACCCGACAACACCUUAGUUAUUGUUUCCAACAUGGAGCUGCGAGGCUUGAUUCAUUCUCUUCUUAUCAGUCCUGUUUGCAGACAGCAGUUUUUAAGGAAACACCACGAAAAGAUGAUCUCGUAUCAAAGCCAAGGUGCCAGCUCUAUUUUAUUUUUCACCUGAAUGGAAGGAACUUUGACGACGACGAGUGGCUGUCGCUGCAACCUCCUGCUCUGGUAGCGGACAUUACACUGCUCCGAGAACCAUUCUGAGUGAUUGGUUCAUAUUGAACUGUUUGAAAUGUUGUAGCUAGGACAUCAUAGCACACCCACUAAAGAUUUAAGGCUGACAUUUACCAACCCCUCCCCCAUCCCUUGCUCUCCCUGGUUGCCUAAUAGUACAGAAGUUUUUAACUGGUUGGACUAUGUCACUCUCCCCUCCGAUGUUUUCUGCAAUAUCCCUCUGACAUAAAAAACAAAAACAAAAACAAAAAAACCAACCAAACAAAAAACAGUAGAGUCAGUGCAUGCUGAACAAAGGAGAGAAAAAUGCUUUUAAAAUCAACGUGCCAUGGGCUGGAAGCUAGAAACUAGUGCUGCCCAGCUUCCUUGCUGCAGAAAAAUAGCUGUCGUAUCUGCAUAGGUCUUUACAGGAAUCUCAUUCUUCUGGACCAAAGUGACAGUCUCAUCGUUCAUGUGUUCUUAGAGCAUCGUUAUGGUUAUGGCUUUGGGUUUGAGUAGCUCAAAGUUUACAGCAAGCCACUUGGGUUCUAGCAGCUUUGUAGCUAGGCGAUAUCAGUGAGACGCCUGUAAGUCACACUUUCUACAGGGCCGUUGGUAUUUGAAUACCUAGUUACCUUUUUCUGCCUUGUCAAGGAGCAUCAUGGGAUCAGGUUCCAAGGAGCACUAGCAUGCACUGAUGAAGGCGUUUGAGGCCCCUAGUGUUACCAUGGUUUCUGGUGGCUGCCAGCAGCCGCAGCAGGAGCAGCAACAGUAACAGAGAGAGGCAUGGGUCCUGAGAAAUGCCAUCACUGGCCUCAGCUUGGUUUCAGAAACAAGUUGGUGGAAGGUGGUGUCAGUCUCGUUCCUCCUGGGAAUCAUGGCGGCUUCAUUUCCCAAGAAUGAAUUAGUUUUCCUCUUCCACAGCUCUGUAAAUCCUGGGUGGAAGUGACUCCAAACCUUUGAAAGUGGCUCUUGCUUUUAAAUACAUGGUGAAAACGUGACUUGGCAAUCUAUGAAACAACUCUAAAAUUUCAGUCUUAGAGUUUAAGGCAUCAGAUGAGCCGUGCUAGAAUCCUCAGGAAUACAAAAACAUUUAUUCAGAAAACUUCCUGACUUGGAGGCAACAAUUAGACAAUUAGUUGGGACAAUGACUUUUUUUAAAAAAAAAUUAUGAAUUUCUGGUAUGGUAUGGUAUUUAUCCACCCUGUUUGAUAACAAGUUUUAUAAACAAAUUCUAUUUUAUACAAAGCCACAACUGGUUUUCUAGUAGUUUCUACUUUUAUCCCUUGUGCUUUUUGUUUUUUUAACAACGUCAUGGUUAUAAAAUGUUCGGGAAGCAUUAAUCAUUGGAAUGCAUUAGUAACUUUUCAUAAUAAGUGUAUGCAAGUUAAGUUCAAGAUUGUAUUUACAUAAGGUGAAGAAUGUGACAAUUUUUAAAGGUGUAUUAUUUAAAGGUCUUAGCAAUGAGAUUUAGGGACAUGUCCCACAGUCAAGAGCGUGUACAGCUCUUACAGAGUAUCGAAAUUUAUCCCAAAGUCUCCUCAGCAGGUCUUACAACCACUUAUUGCUCCAGCUUUGAGCAGACACUUCUUCUAGCCUCUGACUGCAUUCAUUUGCACACACA